AUGUUACCUUUGUAUUUUAUUAAAGUAUUUAUCGUUACUUCGCAGGAUGUGCGUGUAUUUCUUGACGGAGCAACGAACGGAGCACUCGUAAUAUCUCUAGGAACAAAUGUAAAAUGGAAAUCGAUUGGACUAGACACAAUUAAGACCGUUAUCCUAGCUCUGUCAAAAUUAAAGCAACGAAUUCUAUGGAAACUUGAUAUUGAUGUACCAUUUGAAGUACCGGAUAAUCUAAUGACUGUGAAAUGGAUAAUGCAAAAAGAAGUUCUAUCUCAUCAAAAUGUAAGAGCGGUUUGGACUCAUGGUGGUCUUCUCAGCACACAGGAAGCCAUUUGGAAAGGUAUACCAAUAAUCGUAAUGCCUUUUUUUAUGGAUCAAAAAUCCAAUGCACAAAUAUUAGUAGCUAAAGGCGUUGGCAUAUAUUUGGAUAUCAAAACUUUAUCCGUGCAAACUAUAUUACACGCAGUUGAAGAAAUAUUUUACAAUGAAAGUUAUACAAAAAACAUGAAACAGUUAUCCAGUGAAUUCCGGGAUCGACAAAUACCGCCAUUAGAUUUAGCUAUUUGGAGCAUCGAAUACACCGUCCGCCAUCCAAAUGGAACUUUGGUAACGCCGCUGAAAUUUCAAAGUUGGAUACAACAGAAUUUAAUUGACGUUUACGUAUUUUUACUUUUUAAUAUCAUCAUAAUAUUACGUCGAGGGAGAAGAAUGGAAGCACCCUCGAAGAGGAUCGAGGCCGCGGCCGGAAGGGAGGACGCGCAGGUGAAACAGCUCUUUGAUUUUAAUAAACCAUUUUAUUGCGAGCAUGAUCCUCGUACCGGAUUCUUUACUAGAGAUAGCCCUGUAACAGGGAAAGACACGGCAUGA